AAAUGUUGGGUGGAAUAUGAGUUGAACAACAACAUAAUUUGCCAAUUAUAGCAUGAUCUAGCCAUGUCCAAACGGUUAAGGAAACCUCAAGAAAACAAGGAGCAAGAAACGGUGGAACCCCCAAAAUCACGUUGAAUCACAAGAUCAAGAAACAAACUCAUUGUAACCCUCAGAAAUCGACUUCUAAACUAGGCAUUGCUCUUCCUUAUCAUCUCUCACCAAUACCCUUCAAUACCCAUCUCUUUCCCUCCUCCAACAGGAAGGGUUGGAGACACAAAAGAAGAUCGACACUUCCUUUUGCGAAGCCUUUUCCAUUUUCUGGGGAGUUUGUUCCUUUCAGCUGCCGAAAUGGGACUCAAGUUUUGGGCCAUGUUCCUGCUCUUGUCCUUGGCCGUGGUGGCCGAGUCGUCGCCCUACUCCUUCGGCUUUGUCGGGGCCGGCGACUUGAGCGUGUCGGUGGGCGACUCCAUGGACGCGUUCGACGAGAUGAUGAUGGAUUCCGAGAUCAACAGGCGACAGCUCGUGGGGCGCCGCCGGUACGUCAGCUACGGCGCCCUCGCGAAGAACACCGUCCCGUGCAGCAGGCGCGGCCAUUCCUACUACAACUGCAACAAGAUGAAGAGGGCCAACCCGUACAAGCGCGGCUGCAGCGCCAUCACGCAUUGUAAGAGAAUUACGGGCUAAAACCGAGAGGGAUAACGAUUCACAUGAAAGAGAGAAAUGUGAAGGGUUUAAUUGUUUGCUUUGCUUAAUGACAUUGAUUUCCUCCAUAAGCUUUGUUUCACACUGAUGAUUCUUAAUUCAUUUUCCUGAUUUGUAUGAAA